AUGGGCCAGAUAAACCACACCCAUGUGAAGGAGUUUGUCUUCCUGGCACUUACUCGCUUCCGAGAACUGGAGUUCUUUCUGUUCUCCGUCUUCUUUCUUGUGUAUGUAACAACUGUGCUGGGAAACGCCCUCAUUGUGGUUACCAUCACCUCUGAGUCCCGCCUUCACACUCCUAUGUACUUCCUCUUGAGGAACAAAUCCGUUCUAGAUAUUGUUUUUUCAUCUAUCACAGUCCCCAAGUUCCUGGUGGAUCUUUUAUCAGAAAGGAAGACCAUCUCCUAUAAUGGUUGUUUGACACAGAUCUUUUUCUUCCACUUUGCUGGUGGGGCAGAUAUUUUCUUCCUCUCUGUGAUGGCCUAUGACAGGUACCUUGCAAUUGCAAAACCCCUGCACUAUGUAACCAUUAUGAGGCGAGAGGUAUGGGUGGCCUUGGUUGUGGCCUCCUGGGUGGGUGGUGGUUUGCAUUCAAUUGUCCAGAUAAUUCUAAUGCUCCCACUCCCUUUCUGUGGCCCAAAUACCUUGGAUGCCUUUUACUGUGAUGUACCCCAGGUGGUGAAGCUGGCCUGCACUGACACCUUUGCCCUUGAACUUCUCAUGAUCUCCAACAAUGGGCUGGUAACCCUGCUGUGGUUUCUCCUGCUCCUGGGCUCCUACACUAUCAUUCUGAUUAUGCUCAGAUCCCAUUCUGGGGAGGGACGGAACAAGGCUCUCUCCACCUGCACCUCUCACAUCAUGGUGGUGACUCUCCAUUUUGUGCCCUGUGUUUACAUCUAUUGCCGGCCCUUCACUACCCUGCCCAUGGAUACAGCCAUAUCUAUCAAUAACACUGUCAUCACACCCAUGCUAAACCCCAUGAUCUACACUCUCAGGAACCAAGAAAUGAAGUCAGCCAUGAAGAGACUGCAGAGGAGGCUGGGGCCUUCUGAGAGCAAUAAGCUUGGGUGA